AAGGCCGAGGCCAUCCGCACAAUUGGGCGCGAAGUGCUGGCGCCGCGCGGCCUGGCCGGCUCAUACGAGGAUUACGUCGACUAUUGCAAGGAUGAGUUUGCUACAGUGCUGCGCAUAUUUGCCGACCCCGCUGCCUACCCCAUUCUGUUUCACUGCCAGCAUGGAAAGGACCGCACCGGCAUUGUUGCCAUGCUGCUGCUGGGGAUCCUCGGUGUUGACGACGACAUAAUCGCCGCAGACUACGCGCUGUCCCAGAAGAACCUCGAGACUGUGCGCGACCGCAUGAUUUUGCUCGACAUGGGUGCUGUCGGCUUGCCUGAGUCCUUCUGUGACUCGCCCGCCUCAGCCAUGCACAACCUCCUCAGACAUAUUCGCGCAAAGUACGGUUCGGUGCGUGGAUACCUGCUCUCUGCGGGCCUGCGGGAGCAGGAG